AUGAUCGCAGCAGAAUCGUGGGAUCAAAUGUACCAAAAGGCGGAAGAUCUGUUGUGGGCCUGUGAUAAGUGGAAUUUAUCGAUCAGUGUGGCAAAGGGCUUCUGGGGCUUGGAUAAGGUAGGAUAUCGGGGACACCGAGUGUCGAUCGGAGGCGCGAUCGCGUGGAGUCUCCCCGGAUGGGAGGUGGCCAAAGCCAGAUCGGGCAAUCUCGAGAGCCUCACCGUGAACGAAGCAGAAUACAACGGCCUGAUCCUGGGACUCGACAUGCUAGAAGGCCUAGAUCGCAAGCGCCUGGUGAUCUGCGGGGAUUCCAACUUAGUGAUCCAACAAGUGCGGGGCGAGAUCGACUGCGAAGCACCCGGGUUGACGCUAAUGAAGCGGAAGGCCCUCGAUCGCCUGAGGAAAUGGAGUGAUCAUGAGCUAGUGAUGUGA